UCUAAUAUCUGACAACAUAAUUUUAAACGAAACACGUAUUCAUCGAGCAUCAGUUCACAGCUAAAAACGGAUUGUAUUAUCACGUGUAAGAUCUCUCGGUUCUAAUACUUCAAUUUUAAUAUUGAUUUUUGUCAGGUGUUUCGUAUAUAAAUGAACGAACGAAAUUAUUUUCAUUAUUUAAUUUCUUAAGAUAUCUCUUAUCUCAACAUAUCUUUUUCAACAUCUCUAUCCUCUAUACGAAUAUUAUUCGAGUAGUAGAGAUUUUAGAAACGAAACAAUGACCGUACACUCUUCUACUUUCUACUCUGUCAAUACAUUGAUACAAUAUACGACGAGUAUUUUUCUCGUUCUAUUCACGAUAAGUAACGAUAUUUCGUCCGCCAAAAUUUGCAACGCAUCGUCGGAAAAUUGGCAAUCCCGAAUCGGUAUACUUAUUUCACCAAUAAUCUCGGGAUCAAUGAUGCGCGAAAUAGAAAUUUAUUGGAACAACGUCAAUAUUGAACCCGAGGAUAAAAUCUCGCUAUACGCGGAGGACUCGAACGGGCUUCGACGGGAAAUUUACACCGUGGCACCGAACGAUUCGAGCGGGAUUCAAAAGACUGGGGUGUUGGCCGAAUUUGUGCCCAGCGCCAAUCUUUCUUUCGUGUCCAAAUGUUUAAAGUACGGAACAAUAUGGAAAACGAAGGGAGGAGACGUAAAGAAAAUGCAUUGCUUAAAAACAUAUCCAACGUGGAUGAAAGACAUGAAAGAUAUCCUCGGCCCUUUGAGGGUAAAGGAUAUAUUUCUACCCGGAACUCACGAUUCCGCUGCUUACGAUGUGAACGGGACUAUAAUAAGCAUCAUUUCGAAAUUUGCCGUGACACAGGAUUUAGAUAUUCUCGGGCAAUUGAUACACGGCGUGCGAUACUUGGACAUCAGAUUGGGCCAUUAUCCGGACAACAGCGAGAUUUGGUGGACGAUCCACGGCCCGUUUUACCGCUCGGUCCCGUUGAAGACCGUCGCAGACCACGUGAAAAAUUUCCUCGACAACACCGAGGAGAUCGUGAUAAUGGACAUACGCGAAUUCGCCGUUGGUUUCAACAAUUAUUCCGAUCAUCUCGCGUUGGUGUCCCAUUUGGAGGAGGAAUUUCGCGAUUACUAUCUGAGGCGGGAUAACGGUCAAGGAUGGGGGAUCACGUUGAACGAGAUCUGGUCUUCUGGGAAAAGAUUGAUAAUCGGUUACGAGGAUUCGAAAGUCGUGGCUAAUCACGCCAGUGUGUGGCCUUGUGUGACGCAUAAAUGGGGGAAUGUCAAGACCGUCGAGGACUUGUACAAAUAUUUGCAUAAAAUUGAAACCAACAAUAGAAGGGACGGCAUUCUGAGGCCCCGAUCUGCCAUGGCGGAAUUGACACCGGAUUUCAAGGACAUCAUCUCGAACAGAUUGGGCGAUCUUCGAGAUAUGGCUGACAGGGUUAAUUUGAACGUGACCAAUUGGUAUAGCACCAUUUGGCAGUACACCGCGAACAUCGUGGCAACAGAUUUCGUGAGGGACACGGAUAUCGUUCGAGUCGCCAUUAAAUCCAACAAAAAUCGUUAUCUCUAUUGUAAGGAUAAGGAUCGUUUAAUUUAAUCGCCGAGAGAGGAAUUUUUAUUUUUGUAUCGAAUUUGUUUUCCAAUUGAUGUAAAUAAAUAUUGUAAAUAAUAUCGUAAGCAAAUCUUUGGACGAGAGAUUUUUAUGAUCUAUAAAUAGUAUGCAUAUAAUAGCAAUAAAAUCUUUUAAUUAAUAAUAA